CACUCACUUCUAUCACCUUUUUCUUCCUUCUUAUUCACUGUCCCGUCCCAUGUAGCAACCACACACACACACACAUAUUCUAUCGCUACAAUCAUCCCUCUCUUCAAUUCAUUCCCACUUAACACCUCACUUCCACAUCAUCACAUUAUUCCUCUUCCUAGCUACUAUCUAUCUUUCUUCAUGAUCUUGUGCAAUGCUUUUCAUGACAAACUGCAAGUAGCUGCGUGGCACUUUAGUUUUAUAAACACUGCUUGAUCAGAAGCUGAGGUUGUGGUAUUCACUGUUGUUAUCACAAAACACCGGUGAAUGGGUCUAUCUUCUUUGCACGUCUGCAUGGAUUCAUCAGAUCAUUGGUUGCAGGGCACAAUUCACGAGGAGUCUGGGAUGGAUUCUUCUUCUUCACCCUCUGGGGACAUGCUUACAUGCUCAAGGCCCAUGAUAGAGAGGAGGCUAAGACCCCCCCAUGACCUUGCCCUAAAGUGCCCUAGGUGUGAGUCAACCCACACCAAGUUCUGCUACUACAACAACUACAGUCUCUCUCAGCCAAGGUACUUCUGCAAGACCUGCAGAAGGUACUGGACCAAAGGUGGCACUCUUAGGAACAUUCCUGUUGGUGGUGGCUGCAGAAAGAACAAAAAAGUCUCUGCCAAAAAAUCCAAUAAUGACCACCAAUUAGUUAACAACAACAAUAGCCCAACACAGCCUCCACCCUCCUCCUCCUACCACCACCACAGCCACCCCAAAGACCUUCAACUUUCCUCCUUCCCAGAUGUGCAAUUUUCCCACCUCAGCAACUUGCUUGGGACCAAUAUUGCAAACCCUAGUUUCAUGGAGGGCAAAUAUGGAAUUGGCAUGAUUGAGAACCCUAGGCCUAUUGACUUCAUGAUGGAGAGCAAGCUGGAGGGCAUAAUUGGGAGCGGUAGUAGUUCUAGGAAUAAUUUUGAUUUUUUUGGAAAUAGUGACAUGUCUAUGGGUAUGACUAGUGUUGGGCUGGGAGAUAUGAAUAGUACUCAAAAUGGGUUGCCACCAAAUUUUCAUCAUCAUGGUCUUUCAGCAUUUGGUGGCAUGUCUAUGUCUAUGUCCCUUGAUCAUGGCAACAACAACAAUAACAGUGGCGGCAAUGGUGGUAGUAAUAACUACUUAAUGGACUCUUGCCAGCGUUUGAUGCUGCCGUAUGCCAGCAGCAAUGAGGACCAUAAUGCCCCUAUUGAUGUGAAGCCAAACCCUAAACAGCUAUUGUCCCUUGAAUGGCAAGACCAGGGUUGCUCUGAUGCGGGAAAAGACUCAUUUGGGUAUCUCAACGGCCCAGGAUCAUGGACUGGCAUGAUGAACGGCUAUGGAUCUUCCACCACAAACCCUUUGGUCUAACAAGGCAAUCUUCAAAUCUCAAGUCACAAAUCAUUGAUCAUGAUCAUGAUGCAUGGAUAUACAUAUGAUCAACGGCUAAGCUCUCUCUUAGCUUUUGGUUAACUUGAUCAAUGAUCUAGUCAAUGAUCAUCAAUCAUCACUUUCCCUACGUAUAAUCUAUAUUAUAUGAUAUUAUUAUUAUAUUAUAAAUUAAGUCUUUUGAUCAUGGGAGGGUUCCUCGUAUUUUCCUGUGUAGUGUUUCUCUAUUCUAGGGUGGUCUUAUUCUCAGGUUUCUAUUGACUUAACCAAGAGAGUGGUGUGUGAAAGAGAAGCUUCAGAGUCCAAUUCGACUGCCCUUGGUGCGUUACCUUUUGGUUUAUGAUAUUAUAUAUCUAUUUGUGUCUUUGUGUGCGACACGUCAUGAAAAGCUUUAGGAUUUAUGCUGUAACAUCGAGGAAGAUAUGAUAGUUCUUUUUUUUUUUUUUGUUUCAGUUAAAAAAAAUGCAGUAAGUACUAUAUUAUCUUUUAUGAAAAAUCUCUGUCUCUAUGCUUGUGGGGCUGUUAAA